UAGAAAAACAGUCCACACUUUGCUAGGUAUUCCAGCAGAUAGCAAGCUAAGUCCAAUAAUCCGGGAGCUGAAGAUGGAAACAGAGAAGCUUCCAGCAAUGGAUAAUAACACCUUACUAUCUGAAACUUUCUUGAACACAAGAGAGUUUGGUGGAGAGGAUCUGUUUUCCAUUUUAGAGAGCCUUGAAGACUUCAAUAGUCCUCCUCCUCCUCCUCCAAGGAAGAGACAGAAGGUUACUGCAUCAGCAUCCGAAGAUGGACAAGAAAGGGUAUUAUCGUCACAUAUAACUGUUGAGCGCAACCGGAGAAAGCAAAUGAAUCACCAUUUGUCUGUCUUGAGGUCACUUAUGCCCUCUUUUUAUGUCAAACGAGGAGAUCAAGCAUCAAUAAUUGGAGGUGUAGUUGAUUACAUCAACGAAUUACAGCAAGUUCUACAAUGCCUAGAGGCCAAGAAACACAGAAAGGUAUUUUACACAGAUAACGUACUAAGCCCAAGACUAAUUAUUCCAAGCCCAAAAUUAAGCCCAAGAAAACCGCCACUAAGCCCAAGAAUACUAACCCUCCCGCCCAUUAGUCCAAGAACUCCACAACCUGGAAGCCCAUGGUUGCACUCCAUCGAGCCUUCUCCUUCUUCUUCUGGAUCAUCCGCUAUGAAUGAUAAUAUGAAUGAGCUUGUUGCGAAUUCAAAGUCGGUGAUUGCUGACGUGGAGGUUAAGUUUUGCGGUCCGCAUGUAUUAGUGAAAACUGUGUCUCCAAGAAUUCCUGGGCAAGCCAUGAGGAUAGUAUCAGCGCUUCAAGACCUUGCUCUUGAGAUUCUUCAUCUCACCAUUACCACUUCUGAUGAAACCAUGCUAUACUCUUUCACUAUUAAGAUUGGGAUUGAAUGCCAACUGAGUGCGGAAGAACUAGCUCAACAUAUCCAGCAAACAUUCUGCUAAUUAAAGAUGACUUGAAACAUUGAUCUCUUCCUCUUUUUCAUCAUCUUACUCAUUUACAUGUACGUAGGUAGUUAGUUUACACCAAUGGUAGAAGCUGUGGAUCAGCGACAUAGCUAUCAUCAUUCAUUUUCUUUUUGAGUGUAUUUUGUUUUUUGUUUUAGCUACUGUAUUUUGUUAGUGAAAUUGGUCAUUAUGACAUGUUUUAGCUGCUAUGUUCUUGUAACCAAUUUGAGUUGGUCGAGUUGUGAAUUUAUUAGUCCGUUUAAGUAAGUGUCGAUGUUCGAAUCUUGCUUUUUGUAUAUAAUAAUUCAUUGAC